AUGUUCGACUCUGCGAAGAUAGUAUUUGGACCCGGGUUCGAGGUGCAGAAAGUGGUUACGGGCUUUGAAUCACGAGCGGUCAUCUUACCCGGCCUGCCCGUCGAUGUUAAUGUGGACGCUAUCCGGAACGCCUUGGAACCAUUCGGGGAGGUCGCCGAUGUCCAGGUAGUUGCAAGAGCCAAGGAUGCAUCCAAGGUCACUGCAAAGGCAUUCUAUACGGACCAUGCCAGUGCAGCGCAAGCAGCAGCAGCGUUGGAUGGAUCAAACUUUUUUGGCACCCGUCUUAGUAUUCAACUCGCAACACACAAGUCGACGUCACUAGGGAAAGGUACGGUUUGCGACGGAGACAUCGACUUGGAAUUUUCAGCUCCCUCGAGAACAGGAUUUGCUGGAUACCCGAGCCUUUCUCUGGCUCAGCAAGCCAUUGAGGCAGCCACCAGGAAUGCAGUACUAGAUUGUUGGAUAGCAGCGGAGAUCCACAAUGGAAUUCCUAAGGUCGGUUCGGUGACCGUCCGAUUCCAACAUCUUCCGCCGAAUUUCCAAGCAAGAGAUUUUGAGAAAUUCGGUAAGAAUCAAGGCGUCAUGCUCACUAAGCCGAACUACAUGCGUUUGGAGCGAGCUCUCGAGAAUCUGCAUGACUUGCUGCAGCGCUUUGGUGAGAUGGAGACCCUGAACGUGAGCUCUCCACCCUAUCCAAGGGGCCUGGUGCGCGCCUGGGUCCACUUCAAGUCCGCAGAUGCGGCUGACAGACUUUGCAACGAACUUCAUGGACGUGGCCAGCGAUUCCUAGGAGGCGAAAGACUUUAUGUCCACCACGUGCGGUCGGUCAAAUACCGUCUUCCUCGUGAAGUAUACAAAGCUCUUUGUGUGGACAUACGGUUAUUGCGGUCCUAUGCAUGCAGCAGGGACGCGCGCUCCGAUAUCGUUGUCGUAGAUCGCAACGAUCCAGUCAUAGUCAAACUCGUGGCAAACGAACUUCCCGUCUUGUCUCGUCUCAAGUCUGCGUAUGAAACUCUUCUUCGUGGUGACAUCGUGAAACACAAUGGCGAAGUCAUCUGGGAUCCUUUUUUCGACAGGUCCUUCGGUGCAGCAUACCUUCGCGAGCUACAGAACCAGCAUCCAGGUCUCAUCAUUGAGAGAAAUCUACGCAGACGUGUUAUUUCACUUUUCGGCCCCCCUCAUAGCAGACGAUUGGUCAAAGAAGCUAUCCUCGCUCAGCUAUCACGGCUGCGUUCGCUGAAAUCGCAGAGUUUCCCAAUCGAAGGACACCUUAUUUCGCUCUUCAUGAGCGCAGAUCUAGCAAAGUUGCAAGAAGAGCUAGGUCAUGAAAAUGUGGUGUUCAAUUUGGCGAAGCAAACUUUGCUCGUGCGAGGAAAUGAGGAUGCAUUUCAGGUUGCACGUCUCGCCAUUCGCCACACGAAGCAACGUUGCAGUGGCCCUCGAAAGCACCUUCUUGACGCAUGCCCUGUGUGUUUUGAUGAAGCCACAUCGCCGGUCACUCUUCGCUGUAGCCACACGUGGUGCAAAUCAUGCCUGCGUGAUUACCUAUUGGCAUCGAUUGAUAACAAGGUCUUCCCUUUGAGUUGUUUAGGAAACGAAGCCAAAUGUGCACAUCUCAUUCCUCUUGAGGUCGCUCGGGAGGUUCUGACACCGAAGGAAUUUGAUACAAUCUUGACUGUGUCGUCCACGGCCUAUGUCCAUCUGCGUCCUUCAGAGUUCCACUAUUGCCCUACUCCCGAUUGCCCUCAGAUAUAUCGCAGCGCUCCCAAAGACACGGUCCUUCAAUGUCCCUCCUGCCUUGUCCGCAUAUGCCCCCACUGCCACGUUGAAUAUCAUGAAGGUUCUGUCUGCCCCGACCGUGACCGUGAAGACCGGAAACUGUUCGAAGAAUGGGUUAAAGACCAUGACGUCAAGAAUUGCCCUCACUGCAAGGCUCCCAUAGAAAGAGCAGCAGGCUGCAAUCAUAUGAAUUGCGCACGAUGCAAAACCCAUAUAUGCUGGGUCUGCUUACAGACCUUUUCCGGGAGCAAGGAAGUAUAUGACCACAUGCAUGACACCCACGGCGGCAUUGGGUUGUGACGAUAUUCGGUUCUGUUACUAUUACUGCUUUUUCUGUUGUCAUACUUCUAUGGAUGACUGGAUCUCUCCCUCUGUUUAACUUAUUCCUAUUCAUGCCUGUUAAUCGGAUUUGUUGUAGUAUUUGCAUGACAUGCGUUGUAUACUUACCUUACCUUGUGUCCUAUACCUAAGGCCACUCUGCAGGUUCAUCUAUGUACCAUUAGCAUAUAACCAUCUGCUCUAUAUCCAUUUCACAACUUCUGACUUAUGUGGCUGCACAUCCUGUGAGGAAACCUGAACGUAAUGAUAAUGGUAACAUAUUAUUUGAAAUCC